AACGUAUGGUUCGCCACGUUGGAAGAAGCUGACGGGUGACUGCUACUUGUUUGACGUUAGGGAUUCAUUUCUACAAAAUUUCGUUUAGUUACUAUUAAUUAAAUAUAUUAAGCAUACCAAGGAUGAAGGUAAAGGAGUUGCUCAAGACUGUCAAUGUAGCAUGGUCACCACCUGCACAACAUCCUAUAUUAUUAGCUGCAGGAACUGCAGCUCAACAACUUGAUGCAAGUUUUAACACAUCUGCCAGCUUGGAUAUAUAUUCGUUGAAUUUGCAACAACCAGGAUUAGACUUGGAAUUGAAAACCAGUAUUGCAAGCGACCAUAGAUUUCAUAAAAUAAUAUGGGGUUCGUAUGGUAAUAAUCCAGCUGGUGUAAUUGUCGGAGGUUGUGAUUAUGGCGCUAUAAAAAUUUAUUCCGUGGCCAAACUGUUGGCUAAUGAUGGUAGUUGCUUAAUAAGUAGCCCAGACAGACAUACAGGUCCUGUCAGAGCCUUGGACUUUAAUCCUUUUCAAGCUAAUUUAUUAGCAACAGGAGCAACAGAAAGCGAAAUUUACAUAUGGGACAUUGUUAAUACAACUACUCCGAUGACUCCUGGAUCUAAGAGUCAACCUUUGGAAGAUGUGCAAUAUAUUGCAUGGAAUAAGCAAGUACAACACAUUCUUGCUUCCACGUUUUCACAACGCUGCGUCAUAUGGGAUUUAAGAAAGAACGAACCCAUAAUCAAGCUAACGGAUGCAAAUUCAAAAGUACGGUGGAAAGUGGUUCAAUGGCAUCCAGAUGUUGCGACACAGUUGUGCUUAGCAUCGGAAGAUGAUCAAGCACCUAUAAUUGAAUUAUGGGAUUUGAGGUUUGCAACAUCGCCGUUAAAAAUGUUUCAAAACCAUCAGCGUGGAGUUUUAUCGAUUGCUUGGAAUCCGUGCGAUCCAGAUCUACUCUUAAGCUGUGCUAAAGAUAACAGAAUAUUAUGUUGGAAUCCGAAUUCUGAUGCGCCUAACGGUGAAGUAAUUUGCGAGUUAGCGCAAACGAAUCAAUGGAAUUUUGACGUUUCGUGGUGCCCGAGGCAUCCAGGAUUAGUCGUAGGGACUAGUUUCGAUGGACAUGCUGUGAUUUAUUCAUUAUUGGGUGGACAGCAACAAAUGUCUGUAGAAACGUCAAACAAAAUUGUAGACUCUUUUCCUGGAAUGGAUCCCUUUACUCAACCACCUUCUCUAAUGCAAUCGGAACCAACAGUCGUAUUGACAAAAGCUCCUAAAUGGCUAAAAAGACCAUUCGGGGCUUCUUUUGGUUUUGGUGGUAAAUUGACAAUAUUUGAAAACGAACCUGUAGAUACAAAUCUACCUGCAAAUUCAAACAGAAAAGUUAUUAUAUCUCAAGUAAUCACGCAACCAGAUUUAAUUCAACGUUCCAAGGAAUUGGAACAAGUUCUUAAAACUGAACAAUAUAGCGAUUACUGUAAAGGAAAGGCUGAGAAAACAACUGACGUACAUAGAAAGAAGAUAUGGAAUUGUAUGAGUGUAUAUUUCGGUGAAAAUUUAACAAAGGAAAUACUAGAAUUAUUGGGGUACAAUAUAGAAACAAUGAAUAACAAAUUGAAUCAGUUAGUUCCUCAAGAAGAUAUUAACAACAUUACAGAAGGUGUUGGUAAUUUGAAUAAUGUACUGAAUGGGAACGUUAUAGAUGGGAGUGCGGCAUUUGAUGCCAUUGCACAAGAACAAAUCAAAAAGACAUCCGCCAUUACGUCGAUAAAUAAUAAUUUUCAAAUAAAUGUGUCCGAUGAUGAGGAUGGGCUUAUUACUCAAGCUAUCCUCUUAGGAAACAUCGAAGCUGCUGUAUCUUUGUGCUUUGUGAAUAAAAGGUACGCAGAUGCGGUAAUUCUUUCAAUGGCUGCUGGACCUGAUUUACUGGCGCGUACCCAGUACAGGUACUUUUCGGAACACUCUGGAGCUCUCAAUACUCUUAUCAAUUCAUUAGUUAGCGAAAACUGGGCUGAAGUUGUUACGAAUACCGAUAUAAAUUGCUGGAAAGAAGUAUUAAUUGGAAUAUUUACCCAUUCUAAUCCACAGGAGCGAUCUACUUUGUGCGAUAUGCUUGGAGAUCGUCUAGCGUUAUCUGAUAAUCCAAUUCAUAAGGAACAAGCUCAAAUUUGUUACAUUUGUUCGGGUAAUUUGAACAAAAUGGUCGAAUCCUCUAACGUUGAUAUUCAAGAAAUAGUCGAAUUGGUAAUGAUAAUGCAGAAAGCUUUGGAAGUGCAAGGCAUUAGGGAAACGCGGAUCGAAGGAAAAAUUGCUAACGUUUUAUCUCGGUAUGCAGAAAUGUUAGCGUCAGAGGGAGACCUUGAUGCCGCAUUGAAUUAUCUCGGGAACAGUGAAGACGAAAAUAUUGUGAUGUUGAGGGAUCGCUUGUGCAGAGCCUUAGGUUAUAUCGAAGAACCAAAAAGCGUGGCAAACGCGCCGGCAAUGCAAAAUUAUUACGAUCAAUCAAGAAGACCUUUACAAACUGUACAAAAUCCGUUACUUAUUCCAAGGGAACAACCGAGACCUUUCAUCGAUUCAAAUGUUGCUCCUAUGAAACAAUCCUUUCUACCGCCUAUAAAUCAAUUUAAUACCCAACAACCGCAACAGCCUUUUGGAUUAUCCCCUCUUCAACCACACGUACAACCUGCUAUGCAAUACGAUCAGUAUCAAACGUCCCAUUGUUACACUUCACCGGCCGUUUCUCAACCGCCUCCUCCACCGCCUCCUACAACUGGAUCAAGUGGGAUCGGAUCACGACCAUCUAGCGUUGGGCCUCAAACAAGAUCGAAAUACCUAAUAGAUCCAUCUGUGAAAUCUACUGCAACAUAUAAUCAGCCUGGAUUUCCUCAACAAAUUUCUUCACUGACAGGCUACUCGUCCUCAAAUACGUAUCAAUCACAGAUUCCUCAGCCGGCAAACACAUAUCCUGGACAGAAUUUCACAAGCAACUUGAAAGAACUGGAAUCAUUUAAACCAGUUCAAUCUAAUGUAUUAUCGCCAUUACAGAAUUCACCGCAAAAUCAGAUGUAUGAUCCAAUUAGAACACAACCUGUUUCACAAACUCAAGUUUACGGAAACGAGAACGUCUAUCAACCACCAUCACAACCUGCAGGAUGGAAUGACCCACCGGCCGCCAAGACUAGAAUACAACCGAAACAGGAGUACCAGCCACAAAAUCCAAUUUUACAUCCAUUGAGAGGCGCUGUACCGCAGCCCGAACCAAAUGUUCUACCUCAAGAAAAAUUGUAUGUCGAUACACAGGCACCUUACAAUCCACAACAGUAUAAUCAGAACAUUUCGUAUAUGGGAACACAGUUUGCUAAACCAGUAGAGCCUUUGCAACCAACGGUAUUUGCACGAGCAGCGGAACCUGAGAAACCGAAACCACCAAUACCAGAACAACAUAUACACUUAAAAACAGUAUUUGACGAAUUAAAGGACCAAUGCCACGAAAAUGCUAAAAAUCCACAAAUCAAAAGGAAAGUAGAAGAUGUGUCCAAGAAACUCGAAGUUUUAUACGAUUGCCUUAGAGAAAAUAAAUUGUCGCAAAACACUUUGCAAGGAUUGCAUCAAAUAUCACAGCUGAUACAAAGUGGAAAUUAUACCGGGGGCUUAGAUCUUCAUACCCAAUUAGUGUCAGGCCCAGAUUUUAGUCAAAUAUCUUCUUUUAUGCCUGGGAUUAAAGUAUUAUUGCUGAGUGCCCUUCAAUUGAAUGUCUAUAUUAGAUAGAAUGCAACAUACGAUAUCUAGAAUGUUUAUUCAGUUUAUUCUUUUUUAUAAUUCAAGAUUUUUAUAACCGUCGUUCGAUGAGAUAUUUAUGUUGUAUUCACUCUCCGUAACAUUCGAGGCAUGGAUAAAAAAAAGAAAUAAUAACUAUGUACGAACUUGGUCGCAUAAUUGUACCAUAAACAACGUAAAGUUGUUUUGUAUGUCUGUAUCUGACCAUGGCUUAUCGAAGUUGGAUAGAUUUAUAUUAUUAAAAAUACUUCUGUGUAACUAAAGAGCUCAUUGUGUAAGUAGCAUGUAAAAAGUAGGAGGAAAUAUCGGAGCAAAGAGCAUCUGAAGCGUUCCCAUAAAGAUUGUUAAUCGAAUUUUUCUUUUAACCGAUGCAUUGUAUAUAUAAAAUAUUAAACGUGGCUUCAAACAAAUUGUGUGUACAUU